CACCUACGAGCUGAAGAACUGGAGCAACUCGACCUGCUUGAAGCUGGCAGUCUCUUCGCACCUGCGACCCUUCGUGGCACACACCUGCACCCAACUCCUGCUGUCUGACAUGUGGAUGGGGCGACUAAACAUGCGCAAGAACUCCUGGUAAUUCUGAGCAUCCUAGUGCCUCCUGCCAUCCUUCUGUUGGAAUACAAGUCUAAGGCCGAGAUGGCGCACAUCCCACAGAGCCAGGACGACCACCAGAUUACCAUGGAGGACAGCGAAAACAACUCUCAGAACAUUGGGGAUGACAUCCAAAUGGAUGUAUUAAAGGAGACCAGAUCCAGUGAACCUGUGGACACAAAGAAUGACAUGGAAACACACGUCCGCACCCGAAAGCUGCCAUUAACCAGGAAAAUCUACGCUUUCUACCAUGCUCCCAUUGUCAAGUUCUGGUCAAACACGGGGAUCCGUUUCCCCGCAACACCUUUGGCUGAAAAGCUAAGGGAACACACACAA